ACCAUCUUCUCCUACACACGCAAACCACAAAACUCAAUAUUCAUAUAUCUCAAUAUUACAAUAUGGCCAGAGUUCAUCCUCAAGAAUCCACUUCUUCUUCUUCUUCUUGCAACUGCUCUCAGAAAGAGACUUACACUCUCUGGAUGAAAUCGCUUGUACUGCACUCUAAUGGCUGCACUGUGUAUGAUUCCAAUGGCGACAUCGUUUACCGAGUUGAUAAUUAUGAUAGAAAGGGUAGAAGAAAAGUUAACCUCAUGGAUCUACAAGGCGGAGUCCUGUAUACCAUACACAAGAAAUUUCUUGGGUUUGGACGUUGGGAUGGAUACAGAAGCAGUGGUUCAAAGCCGUGGUUCAAAGUUAAGAGAUGUCAUAAAAUUGUGAAUGGAAAAGUAGUGUGUGAGAUCAGAGUGGGGCGUCAAAGGUACUGCAUAGUGAGAAUGAAUGGCAAAGCAACGUUCACCAUAGCGAACAUGGAAGGCCAAGUUGUUGCUCAGGUGAAGCAGAAGCAAUCAUCUGCAGGAAUAGUUCUGGGCGAUGAUGUUCUAACGUUAGAGGUAGAGGAAGACACAGAUCAUUCACUAAUUAUGGCCUUCGUCACUGUGUAUGGAUUAAUCUGUGGAAGAAUGUAAAUGAUUGAUUUUUCAGCAUGCAUGGCUUUCUUGUACUUACAGCUCAUUGAGAUGACGACGAGUUUUGGAAUCAAUUCUAUUUGGAUUAGGAUUAAUGUGGAUAAGAGUAUAGAGGAAAGACACAGUUUAUGUAUAUGUUAUCUAGUGUGGGUGUACAUGCGUUUGUGUGUGUGUGUGUACAUCAACUUUUUUUUAAAAAUAAUCUUUGGUAUA